UUGCCGAGAAAGAGACAAUGAAAAAGGAACCAAGUGCGUAAGUGCGCGAGAAUGUGAUCGCCCCGUCGUCGGGCCGUCUGUUCCCGUCUCAUCGACGAGACAACAGCCGUCGUUCAACAGCGGACGCAGUCGCCCGUGCGCAGUUUCUACCGUUUACAACGCCAGCUUUAGCUUCAAAUCCGCCCAGGCAUGAAUGGACAGGUGCAAUCGUCACGGGAGAGGUUAGGCGGUUUCGGUCCCGUGAAUCUCGGCAUAUUUUCCGGGAUGAUUGCCACGGACCGUGUUCCUACCAUUCAAUCAUUCAACUCAGACGCCGAAUUAGACGAUGCCAUGGCCGCGACAGAAGUCGACAGCAAAGUCAAGACAAAAUUGCUCUCUAUGUGGAACAAUGUUAAAUAUGGCUGGACUGUGAAGAUGAAGACGAACUUCUCCAAGGAAUCUCCCGUGUGGUUGUUGGGUCAAUGUUAUCUGAAGAAGUCGGAGUAUCCCUUAGAGAGAGCGUCGGAAGCAUUAGAGCCAGUCGGAACGGGGAGUCAGGUCUCGUUGGCGAUGGAUGCCACGAAUUUCGAGAAUACCAUAGAGGAAUUCAAGAGGGAUUUCAUGUCACGCCUUUGGUUAACAUACAGACGAGAAUUCCCGAUCUUGAACGGGUCUACCUUUACCACGGAUUGCGGUUGGGGCUGUAUGCUACGCAGUGGACAAAUGAUGCUGGCGCAAGCCUUAGUUUGCCAUUUCCUCGGACGAGAGUGGAGAUGGCGGCCGGAACAAUUGACUGAUGAGAGCAGUCAUCGGAUGAUCAUCAAAUGGUUUGGCGAUCAGCUUACGCCGGAGUCUCCAUUCUCCAUACACAAGCUGGUGGUGCUCGGCGCUUCGACGGGAAAACGCGCGGGCGACUGGUACGGUCCCUCUUCGGUGGCGCAUCUCUUGUGUCAGGCUAUGGAACGCGCCAGCGAGGAUCCUAACAGUAAGCUCAAUCAGUUGGCAGUAUACGUCGCUCAAGAUUGUGCAGUGUAUAUGCAAGAUGUCGAGAAUGUUUGUUGCACUCCCGACGGUAGACGAAAGGCACUGAUACUUUUAGUACCCUUGAGGCUCGGCGCCGACAAGCUGAACCCCGUUUAUGCACCCUGUUUGACAGCGCUGUUGACAUUAGACACGUGCAUUGGCGUGAUCGGUGGUCGACCGCGGCAUUCGCUUUACUUUAUCGGCUAUCAGGACGACAAACUGAUUCAUUUGGAUCCGCAUUACUGUCAGGAGACCGUUGAUGUCGAAGGAAACGAAAAAUUUCCAUUGACAAGCUUCCACUGUACGUCACCAAGAAAGAUGUUGCUGUCGAAGAUGGACCCCAGCUGUUGUGUAGGCUUCUACUUCCCAGACAAGGAGUCGCUCACCGACUUUAUGGAAACAAUUCAACGGUUUGUGAUACCAAAUCAGAACAUAGACUACCCGAUGUUUCUCUUCUGUGAGGGAAGUGGCAAGGAUUUGCAACAGGGGAUUGAAGUCGUCGAAGGUCUUCUGCCGUCGGCAAGUCAGUUUGUUAAUCACGAAAGCGUAGAGGACGAUCUGUACGAGUGCGAGGAGUUUGAAUUGCUGCAGUAAGAUAGAAAAAAAGGAACUAAAGAAGUGAAAUAAAGGAUAACACGCAAGGGUAUGAUACACGCAAUUGCGUAUUCGUUUGAAUUACUUUCGCGAGAAAUUUCUGCGUCUUCAUCUGUUCGCGCAAUACUUCGCAACCUAGUACUUUUCAUAUAUUCGCUUCGCCAGAGCGUAUGUAGGAAAACGUAAAGAAAACGCGAGUCAGAUAUAUCCGGGGAUAAGGCACUCUGUGUUGAAAAGCGACGCAUUCUCAUCGAUCUCGUUGCGUACAAGAUUUGAAUCGACUUUCAAUGACCAGUUACUGUUAUUUAUUGGCCUGUUCUUUUUAGCUGAACUUCUUGCACAGUUCAUCUUUUCUCUGUCUCUCUAACAUAGGGAGAAAAAGAGAAAAAAUGAACUGUGCAAGUUCAUCUUAAAAAAAGACAGAUCUUAUGAGAUAGGAAAUAAGAAAGCAAGAUUAUUCCCUAUUAAGUUGAUUCAUUCGUCUUUUUGAUUGUUUAAUUAAGUAUAUAUAUGUGUACGCAAUUAUGGGAAUGCACAACUUUUCCUAUCUGAUUAUAUGCAUAUAAUCUUGAAAUUCGUUGACGACUUUAUAUAUUGAUCAUUAGUAAUAAUUAACUUAAUAACUUAAUUUAAGGUGACUUAAUAUUAGAGUAGUCCGUUACGAGCGAAUAUUUAUUUCGCGUGUUACAACGAGACUUUCGUCGAUUUUGAGAGGAUCUUAUAACACGCGUAAAUCCUGUUGAAUUAAAACUUGAAAUUCUAUUUUACGAAAUUUUCUCUAAUUGUGUUCUAACGAAAAAAAAAAUUUCCGCGCGAAUAAAAAUGCGAUGAUUCUCAAGUCUGAUUUAUUUAAAGGAAAGUAUGAUAAGUCGUUAAUUUAUUUAUUUAUUUAUUUAUGAUAAUGUUAUUCCUGAGUAACUCUUCUGCCUUGAGAAAGGAAUAAAGAGGGAUUUGAGGAACGUGAACAUGGUAUAUACAGGGUGAGGCGUCUAAUAGUGUACGUCUAAAUAUUGACUUAGAAAAGGUUUGAUAUUUGUAUCUAUUUAUAGAUAUAUAAGUAAAAGAAACUUAAAAACGUCUAUAUAUCUAAAAAAAAAGAUGGCAAUGAAGUUUUCGAAACUUCGAAAACUACGAUCUUAAACGAAUCUUUUUCCUCAUUAUACUUCUACGAGUUGUAUUACUUCGUCUUCAACGAUAUUUUCAAAGGCAACAGAAACACUUAUAAUAAAAUAAGUAGAAUAGAAAGAAUAGACUAGAGUAAAGAAUCGUUCAUUUUGCGCUUUAGAAUUACUCGAGCGCUCUAAGAAACAAGAUUACAUGUACAAAAUACUUGAUGACAAAUUAAGUUAGUAUUCUAAUUGUAACGUAGAUUUAAAAAGGUAAAAAAAAAGUGAUUUAAAAAGUGAUUUAUUAUUAAAAAAUCAUUUAGACACACACUCUUUUAGAUGCCUGAUACUGUAUAUGUAUGUGUGCGUAUGUAUAUAUGCAUAUGUAUAUGCGUAUAAUGUACUUAUACUGUUGAAUAUGUACACAAUAUUGAACGUUGUUAUAUAUCUCUCUUACAACUGUAUAACGCUAUACGCUCGAAAUAAAAUGAGAAAUGUAUGACGAUUACGUCAUCCCG